CUCAAGACCCUCUUGUGCCGGCGCGAGCGCGCGCGCGUGUGCGCGCUAAGACGCGCCGGACGGGGCUCCGGCGCCAUGAGCGGCAUGCUACGAGGGCUCCGGAAUACCCUGAGCAAGAGCAAGUCGAACACGGGCCUGGCGGCGGGCAGCGGCGCACAGGCGGCCUCUGUGAUCAACUCACAGCCGUCUGCAUCGAACCAGCCAGAGCACCAAAGCGCGGGCGAGAGCGCAUCUCAGCCAAUCCCAAAGGCUGCAUCACCCCCGCCCUCAGCACAAUCACGUCAGGAGUUGGUGCCACUCAAUCCAACCAUGGCGGAUUGGACCUUCGAGGAGCAGUGGAGCUACGUGGAGUCUUUGGGCAUUGUGAAACAGCCUGGGGAGGAGCACAUCAUCCGCUUUCUGGCGGAUGGGCUGAAUGCCUCUCCGAUGCCAGCCCCGUGGACGCUGCACCGAGACGAAGAGAAGCGGAUCUUCUACGGCAACACCUCCACCGGUGAGACGACCUGGGCCCAUCCACUAGAGGACGUGGUCCGGGAGCUGUCCGGGGUGUGCCGUGUUUGCGUGUCCAUGUCCCGUGCCAUGCGGGAACAGGCCUUAGCCGACCUCAGGAUCGGCUGGGAAGCGCAGGCCAAGGAGGAGUUCUCUCAGUGGUACGGUGUCAAAGACCCCAGCAGCGGCAAAGACUACUACUGCCACGCCCAGACAGGGGACACCAUGUGGGAGCACCCUGCGGAAGUGCUGCUCCCCGCGCACUUCCUGAAGCUCAAGAGCGCGGACCGGCUCAUGGACGAGGCCUACCUCCAAGAUUUGGCGGACUUGGGGAACACGCUGAACGCCAGCAUGGGCAGGAGUUGGAACAGCAUGAAGCGCACCUUGGAGUCGAGCUCCACGGGCCUCCCCGGCUCCAUUCCGCUGGAGCCCAGCUCCGAUGCCCACCAGGCCAUCAAGGAAGAGCUGGCCUCGUGCACGGUGGAGCUGCAGAAUGAGCGGGAGAGCUCCAGCAAGUUGAAGGCAGAGUUUGAGGCCUUGAAGCAGCGCUUCGAGAUCGCCCAGAAGACCGCCGACGCCACCGCCAGCCAGCAGUCUGUGCUGCUCGCUGAGCUCAAGCAGCAGGAGCUGAAGCUGCAGGCGGCCGUCUCGGAGUGCGAGGCUUGGAAGAGCCAGGCGACGAUGAAGGAGGGCAGUCAGGGCGAGCUGCAGCAGCAGCAGGUGGCGCUACAGGUGGAGAUGGACGCGGAGCGCGCGAAGGCGGCGGAGGCCUUGGCGGAGGUGGAGGCGCUGAAGGCGAAAGCCGCGGCGCUGAGCGAGAGCUCCGGGGCCACGGAGAAGGCCAAGGCGGAGAUCGAGGCCCAGCUGGCGGCGGAGAAGCGCCGCGCCGACGAGGCCCAGACGGAGCUGCAGCAGCUGGACGCGCGCGCCAAGGAGAAGGAGCAGCACUCGGCCAAGGCUGAGGACGAGAAGAAGCAGAUCCAGGCGCAGCUGGAGGCGGAGCGGCUGCGCAUCCAGAAGGCGGAGGCGGAGAUGGAGACGCUGAAGGGGCAAAGCCACGCGCAGAGUCAGGAGGGCGCCGCUGUGUUGGAGCAGAAGAAGGAGGUGGAGGGGCAGCUGGCGCUGGAGAGGUCCCGCACCCAGCAGCUCCUGGCCGAGAAACAGAACCUCGAGAGCCACGCCGCCAAGAAGUUGGACCCCGAGGAAGCGGAACGCCAGAAGAAGGAGAUCCAGGACCAGUUGGCGCAGCAGCAGCAGCACACCCAGCAGCUGCAGGCGGAGCUGGAGGCCCUCAAGUUCUCCGCCAGCGACGCGCAGAUCCAGGCGGCGGAGGGCGCCGCCGUGCUGGUGCAAAAGAAAGAGAUCGAGGAGCAGCUGGUGGCGGAGCGGCUGCACGUCCAGGCACUCAAGGCAGAGGCGGAAGCCCUGAAGACCCAGGCUGCCAGCAGGCUGCCUCCCGAGGAAGCGGAACGCCAGAAGAAGGAGAUCCAGGACCAGCUAGAGGAGCAGAAGUCACACACCCAGCAGCUGCUGGCAGAGUUGGAGGUGCUGAAAAGCUCCAGCAACGAAGCGCAAGGCCAAGCAGCCGAGGCAGCCGCUUUGUUGGCGCAGAAGAAAGAGGUGGAGGAUCAGCUGGCGGAGGAGAGGACCCGCACCCAGCAGCUCCUGGCCGAGAAACAGGACAUCGAGAGCCAUGCUGCCAGAAAGCUGGAUCCCGAGGAAGCGGAACGACAGAAGAAGGAGAUCCAGGACCAGUUGGAGGCGAAGGAAAAGCACACCCAGCAGCUGCAGGCGGAGCUGGAAGCGCUGAAAGGCUCCAGCAGCGAUGCGCAACUCCAAGCAGCCGAGGCAGCCGCUUUGUUGGCGCAGAAGAAGGAGGUGGAGGAUCAGCUGGCGGAGGAGCGGUCCCGCACCCAGCAGCUCCUGGCCGAGAAACAGGACCUCGAGAGCCACGUUGCCAAGAAGUUGGAUCCCGAGGAAGCGGAACGCCAGAAGAAGGAGAUCCGAGACCAGCUGGAAAGCAAAGAGCAGCACACCCAGCAGCUGCUGGCGGAGUUAGCGGAGGCUCGGGACACCGCGAAAAAGGACCUCGAGGCAGAGCGCGCACAACGCGCGCAGGCGGAGGUGCAGGAGGUGCAGGCGCAGCUGCUGGAGGGGCAGCAGCGCUUGUCGCAGCUGCAGGCGGAAGCCGCGAACGCCCAUGGGGAGGAGAAGGUUCAGCUCCAGGAAGUUGCCAUGAGAGAGUUGGAGAAGGCGCUGGAAUUAGAGUGGAAGGUGCAGGAGGUGCUUGGACAGCCUCCUAGUUGGGAGACCCGCCUGGACGCCGAGCAGAAGCGCGCAGAGCAGGCGCUCCAGGAGUUCAACGCCCUGAAGAAGGAGCGCGAUCAAGACGCGGAGGCCCUGAUCGAAGAGGAGCGCCAGCGCGAGGAGCUGCGUGCGGAGCUCGCCAAAGAGAAGACCCGCGCGGAGGAGGCCAUCCAGGAGGCUGCGGCACUGAAGGCACAGGCGCAGCUGGACGCGGCUUGCGCUGUUGAGGAGGAGAAGGCGCGGCAGAAGUUGCAGGAGGAGUUGGAGGCUGAGCGGCGCAGGGCGGAGCACAUGGCUCACGAGUGCGAGGUGCUGCGGCAGGCUGCUCCUGCGAACCUCCAAACCGCGGUGGAGGAGGAGAGGCAGAGGUACGAGCUCCAGCAGCAGUUGACCACAGAGCGUAAGCGGGGAGAGGAAGCGAUGGCGGAGAUCGCGGUGCUGAAGCAGCAGGCGGAGCUGCAGCAGACAGCAGAGGAGGAGGCGCAGAAGGCCCUGAAGUCGCAGCUGGAGGCGGAGCGUCAGCUGGCAGCUGAGGCGCAGGCGGAGUGCGCGGCCCUGAAGAAGCAGCAAUCGGACGCGGAGGCUUUGGCGCAGGAGCGGGCAUCCAAAGAGGAGGCAGCAGGAGCCAAGGAGAAGUCGCUGCAAGACGAGGUGCAGCAGCUGAAGGAAGCCGCGAACAGUCACUCCGCCAAGGUGGAAGAUGUGGAGCGACAGCGAAAGCUCUUAGAGGAGCAGCUGGUUGCGGAGAGCAAACUCGUCGAGCAGAUGCGAGCUGAGCGCGACUCCCUGGCGACCUCGCAAAGCAAGCCGCCGCCGGAAGCCGCGGGCGCGCGGAGGGAGAGCCUAGCAAAGGAGCUCCAGGAGGAGCUGAAGAUGCUCCAGGCCGCCGCGUCCAGGGCCCAAGAGGCCGAAACCGCGCUGCACGCGAAGCUGGAGAGCGUCCAGACGGAGCUCAGCGCGGAGAAGAGCAAGGCGUCCCAGGCCACCUCCAGGCUGGUGGCCGUGCAGGAUGUGAAGGAGGCGAUGGUGCAGGAGUUGAUCUCUGCCAACCUCGAGAAGCGGAGCCUGCGGGAAUCUCUGGAGAAGCAGCUGGCGGAGCAGAAGCGGCGCGCCAGCAACUUCGAGGCUCAGCUCAGGGCGCUCUCCGAGAGCGGGGAGGGCGGCAGUCUGGAGCUGGAGCGCUUGAAGAACGACCAGCUGCAGAAGGAGAUGGAGACCUUGGAGCAGAGCACGGUGCGGCUGCAGGAGCAGCUCGCCAAGGCCCACGUGGCGGCCAACCAGCUCGAGGCCAAGUUCAACCAGGAGCGUUUGCAGCUCGAGACGGCCAAAGAAGAUCGCCGCGAGGUGCAGCGCCCGGCGCCCAGCGCGGAGACGGCCGAGACGGCGGACCUGCGCCUGCAGCAGCACAUCGCCUCCGCACGCCAGGUCGAGGAGCAGCUCUCCACCCGCGCGGUGGAGCUGAAGACGUUGAUGGAGGAGGAGCGUCAGAAGCUCGAGCAGCUCAUGGCCAGUUUCUCGGAGCCGGAGCGAAAGCCUCGCCCGGAGCUGGAGCGCCAGCUGCAGGAGCUCAACGAGCAGAUGGCGGACAUGCGAAGCACGCUGAAGGGCCUCGAGUCUCGUCCACCCAGCCGGGCAGGCAUCAACGAAGCCCUGAGUCAGGUGGCAGCGGCCAACUUGCAGAUCCAGGCCGCGGUGGUGCAGGAGAAGGACGUGCUGAAACCCAAGGUGCUGGAGCCGAGCUGCCAAAAGUCGGAGGGUCCUCAGAAGAAGCUGCCCAAAGGUCCGCGGGUCCGGGAGUAUCAGGGCAAGCUGUGGGCAGCCACAGAUGAUGCCAUCCAGACAGGGCACAAGGUGAGGCACAUGAAGAUCGAGAGCGCCCUCGUGCAUUACCAGACCAAGCUCUGCAAGGACAUGAUGCAGGAGAUGGAUUCCAGCCGGAUCGUGCAAACCGUGAAUCUGGCCAAGUCCAAGUCGGAGUUGAAAGCCCUCAACGGCUCGCUGCGCGAGCAGCUGGAGCAAGCCAAAGCCGAGCUAGCGCUAUUAGAGGCACGGCGAGGAUGAUUUCAACGGCCCAUCUGUGAGGAACGGGCUGUUUUUUUCACUGGGAGAAGCGGUCAAAGACUAGCUUGUCUCCAUAGGUUUCACUUGGUUGCCGGCGAAUGCUUGUCAGACCGACAUUUCCAAAUUGGGC